AUGAGCUACCUCCAACAGAUACGGCGGGAGCCGCAGCCGCUAGAAACCAGCGCCGUUCCGUUUGUCCCGUUUCCCGUGCGUGUCGGCGGACGAGCGCGUGCCGACCGGCGACGAGGGCAGCGACCACGAAAGCGACUUCGCAAAAUCGACCCAACACCGCAUCCACCCGCCAUGGCGGACUCGAGUCUGGGUCCGGUUCCCCUGGACGGCAGCAAUUGGAGUCUUGUCGAUAUUGCUCUUUGUGGCCUUGAUGCUGGCCAUCACCAUUGCGGUCGACGGGACAAGCGUGGCGAGCUAGGAGGUCUCGCCGACAGUCUUGCUCGCCGUCGCCUCGGCCGCCGUUACCGUCCUGCUCAACUUUGCCCUCGCCCGCGGAGCAGCCGUGAGAUGGUGGUUAUGGCCACACACCGUUCGAGCCGUGUGCAGGAUCUUCACUGGCGAUGGGCAGCAAGCCAGGGUGUUUUCGAUGCCGGCCUGAGCGUCCUGUUCCGAGGUCCCAGCAUACUGGCAAUCGCCUCCUUUGUCACGCUCGCCGCCAUCAACUCGCACCUGUUGCAGCGGGCGCUCUCGGUUUAG